AGAAGAUAUGGCUGGUGAUCUUUCACCAGGUUUCUUCAUGGAGGAACUUAAUAAAUACCGUCAGAAGCAGGGAGUAGUACUUAGAUAUAAAGAACUGCCUAAUUCAGGACCUCCACAUGAUAGAAGGUUUGCAUUUCAAGUUAUAAUAGAUGGGAGAGAAUUUCCAGAAGCUGAAGGUAGAUCAAAAAAGGAAGCAAAAAAUGCCGCAGCCAAAGUAGCUGUUGAGAUACUUAAUAAGGAAAACAAGGCAGUUAGUCCUUUAUCAUUGACACCAACCGAUUCUUCAGAAAGAUCAUCCAUGGGGAAUUACAUAGGCCUUAUCAAUAGAAUUGCCCAGAAGGAAAGACUGACUGUAAAUUAUGAACAAUGUGCAUCGGGGGUGAAUGGGCCAGAAGGAUUUCAUUAUAAAUGCAAAGUGGGGCAGAAAGAAUAUGGUAUUGGUACAGGUUCUACUAAACAGGAAGCAAAACAAUUGGCUGCUAAACUUGCAUAUCUUCAGAUACAUAAAUCAGAAGAAACCUCAGUGAAAGCUGACUCCACAUCCUCUGUUUCUUUUACUCCUGUGCGUGACAUCCAAAACAACCCUUUAGUGACCAGCACAUUGGCUUCUGAAUCAUCACCUGAAAGUAGUUUCUCAGCAGAUACAUCAGAGAUAAAUUUUAACAAUAGUUUAAACAAUUGUUCUUCAUUGUCUAUGAAUGGUCUCAGAAAUAAUCAGAGGAAGGUAAAAAGACAUUUGGCACCUACAUUUGACCCUCCUGACAUGAAAGGAAUGAAGUAUACUGUGGAUAUCAGGCUUGCCCAGGAUUUUAAAGAAAUAAAAUUAAUUGGCUCAGGUGGAUUUGGCCAAGUUUUCAAAGCAAAACACAGAAUUGAUGAAAAGACUUACGUUAUUAAACGUGUUAAAUAUAAUAGCGACAAGGCAGAGCGUGAAGUAAAAGCAUUGGCAGAACUUGAUCAUGUAAAUAUUGUUCACUACAACGGCUGUUGGGAUGGAUUUGAUUAUGAUCCUGAGAGCAGUGAUUAUGAUCCUGAGAGCGGUGAUUAUGAUCCUGAGAACAGCAAAAAUAAUUCAAGAUCAACGACUAAGUGCCUUUUCAUCCAAAUGGAAUUCUGUGAUAAAGGGACACUGGAGCAAUGGAUUGAAGACAGAAGAGGCAAGAAACUAGACAAAGUUUUGUCUUUGGAAUUCUUUGAACAAAUAACAACAGGGGUAGAUUAUAUACAUUCAAAAAAUUUAAUUCAUAGAGAUCUUAAGCCAAGUAAUAUAUUCUUAGUAGAUACAAAACAAAUAAAGAUUGGAGACUUUGGACUUGUAACAUCCUUGAAAAACGAUGAAAAGCGAACAAGGAAUACAGGAACUCUGCGAUACAUGAGCCCAGAACAGAUUUCUUCACAAGAAUAUGGAAAGGAAGUGGACCUCUAUGCUUUGGGGCUAAUUUUUGCUGAACUUCUUCAUGUAUGUGACACUGCUUUGGAAACAUCAAAGUUUUUCACAGACCUACGGGAUGGCGUCAUCUCAGAUACGUUUGACAAACGAGAAAAAACUCUUCUACGGAAAUUACUCUCAAAGAAACCUGAGGACCGACCUAACACAUCUGAAAUACUAAGCACCUUGGCUAUGUGGAAAAAACACCCAGAGAAAAAUGAACGAAACACAUAUUAGAGCCCUUCUGAAAAUGUCUCUGCUUCUGAUUUGCAAUUUUCCUUGAAUUAUCUAAUAGAUAUUUACCUUUUAACUUUUCCCUCUAAUUUUUUACUACAUUUGCAGAAAGGUUUUCUUCUUUUCGCUUCAGAAACAUUCUUACAUGUUAUUUGUAUCUAUUAUAAUAACUGCUUUAAAGACAACUGUCCUGUAAGGCAGUAGCUACGAAGAGAAAAUAGUCCAAAUAGUCCAUCGGGCAGGGGUGAGAUCACUUUCUACUGAGGACAGUCCAGUGGGCCUCCCAAGUAUAUGUGAGGGUGUUAGAUUACGAGUAGGGAGGAUACCACCCAGGAAGUCUGGACAAGGGGACUGGGGUGAGUUCUGGAGAAGGUGUAUUUGAGGACCAUGGGGUAUGCUAGUUUGUUGUCCUGAAUUGCUGUAGAGAAUGCUGAAAGAUAAUUUGGAUUGUAUCUGAGAAGACCUUGAGGGUUAAUUUUAACUUUAGAGCAAUUGUUUUCUUUUCUUUUUUUUUUAGAUGGAGUUUCGCUCUUGUUACCCAGGCUGGAGUGCAAUGGCAUGAUUUCGGCUCACCGCAACCUCCGCCGCCUCCUGGGUUCAGGCAAUUCUCCUGCCUCAGCCUCCUGAGUAGCUGGGACUACAGGCAUGCCCUGCCAUGCCCAGCUAAUUUUUUGUAUUUUUAGUAGAGAUGGGGUUUCAUCAUGUUGACCAGGAUGGUCUUGAUCUCUUGACCUCAUGAUCCACCCGCCUCGGCCUCCCAAACUGCUGGGAUUACAGGCUUGAGCCACCGCGCCCAGCCUAGAGCAAUUGUUUUCAUUUGUUUUGUAUUGCUUUAAAUGGAUAGUUGACGCUGGAUAAUUUAUAAGGGAAAGAGAUUUCUGUAACUUACAGUUCUGCAGGCUGUAUAAGCAUGGCACAAGCAUCUGCUUCUGCUCAGGCUGCUUCCACUCAUGGUGAAAGGUGAAAGGGAGUCGGAUGUGCAGAGGUCACAUGGCAAGAGAGGAAGAAGAGAUAGAGGGAGAAGGUGCCAGGCUUUUUUUUAACAACCCGCUCUUGAGGAAACUAACAGAUUGAGAACUCCUUGCUUCCCACCCCUAGGCAUGGCAUUAAUCUAUUCGUGAGAUCCCUCACGACCAAAACACCUCCCAUCAGGUCCCACCUCCAACAUUGGGAUCAAAUUUCAACAUGAGGUUUUUUGUUGUUGUUGUUGUUUUUAAUUGUACUUUGGGUUCUGAGGUACAUGUGCACAUCCUGCAUCCUGCAGGAUUGUUGCAUAGGUAUAUACAUGCCAUGGUGGUUUGCUGUCUCCAUCCCCCACCUCCCCCGCUGCCUUGCCUACAUCAGGCAUUUCACCCAGUGUUAUCCCUCCCCAUCUUCCCUGCCCCCUCACUGCCCCUACUCCACCUCACCUAGCCCAGUGAGUGUUGUUCUCUUCCCUGUGCUCAAGUGUUCUCAUUGUUUAUCACCUACCUAUGAGUGAAAACAUGCGGUGUUUGGUUUUCUGUUCUUGUGUAAGUUUGCUGAGAAUGAUGGUUUCCAGGUUCGUCUGUGUCUCUAUAAAGGACACAAACUCGCCAUUUUUUAUGGCUGCAUAGUAUUCCAUGGUGUAUAUGUGCCACAUUUUCUUUGUCUAGUCUAUCAUUGAUGGGCAUUUGGGUUGGUUCAGGUCUUUGCUAUAGUAAACAGCGCCACAACGAACAUACGUGUGCAUGUGUCUUUAUAAUGGAAUGAUUUAUAAUCCUUUGGAUAUAUACCCAGUAAUGGAUUGCCGGGUCAAAUGGAAUUUCUAUUUUUAGAUCCUUGAGGAAUCGCCACACUGCCUUCCGUAAUGGUUGAACUAAUUUACACUCCCACCAACAGUGUUUCUAGUUAGGGCUUUGAAAAUAAACAGCACAGUAUACACAAAAGUAAAUGACAACGUGGUAGUAUAUUUUACAUUGUUUUACAGUUUCAAAUUUCAUAUGAAUGUUCUCAAACAAAUUUUAAAAUUCUUUUCAAUGUUUUGGUUCCCUUGAUGUUCCUUGUUGCGUAUGUAUAAAGUCAUUAAAGACCUAAAAAUAAGUUUUUAUUCAUA